GUUUAGCGUCGCCCUUAACCGACAGAAAUAAAUUUUCAGCAUUAAUGAAGGUUUGAGGUGGUAAAAAUAGAGGGAUAACGAUGGCCUCGCCUACGAAGUCAAAGGUGACAUGGCUAAUAUUUUUUAUCGUCUCGUGGACGCUAAUAAGCGGUCAAGAGGAUUCUUUAAGGAGCGCCCUUAAUGCUAUCGACAGACGUCAAAGAGACCUCUCCGAAUUUGACGAGGAAGACUAUGGUUAUCCAUUAGAACGUCCCGAGGACCUUACCUUCCUUAGAGCAUCUACUAGUUACAGCCCAGAUCACUCGUUUGAAAAAAGUGGAAUUAUAGGUCGACCAUUGAUAAACUAUGCAGAAGAUGACAGAUACAAUCCUGACGACGUAAACACGAGAAUUUCCUCGGCGUUUAGGGAACGCAUUGAAGAAGAUAACCAAAAGCAACUUGAUGAGUUAGCUCGUGACAUACUUUCUAACACAGACAACAGAGGUUUAUACACAGGAGAUAACGAAGAGUUACUAAGAGAACUGUGGGAAAAAUAUAGACGACCAGUAGAGAAUUCCUUCUAUCCUAGACUGGAUAAACGCGAUUACUAUCCACAGUUUGGAAUGGACGCUAUAGGUCUGCGCAAACGUAAUCCUAAUGUCCACUAUGAUGGUGAUGAGUAUGAAAAUAUGUACCAACACAAGCACAGUCCAAGAGAAGAUGAGUUUGACGAUGACGACGAAAACUAUCAAAUGAAUUAUUUACGAAAACGGUAUCGACAGAGAGAAAACAAAAUGAAUAUGAUUCGUCAGAUGUACGCAAAUCCUUAUUCUCAAAUCAAGAGGUUUCCUGUGUCUAAAAGAAGUAGCAACUACAUGUCUCCAGAAACCACACACGAAGAAAAAAGGUCUGUAAGGAAACAAACCGAUCCCAAAGUAGAGAAGGAGCUCAGCAAUAUAUUUGGUAAUAAAGAAAAUAACAUCGCCCCAACUAAAUCCCCAACCACGACAACGAAACUACCCUCAUCCAAAAGAGAAGUCUCAGAAAACAAAAAAAUAGUAAAGCCUACUGAAGAGAAAAAAGUUACCAAAGCACUCAACAAGGAAGAACUAUCUCCCAUACCAGGAGGAAGCGAAAAACCUCUUCAGAUCAAGAAAAAAUCCAUCGAUUGGUCUGAUUACUUUGGCCUAGACAGACGUAAGAAAUCAGAAAGAAACGAUUUAGACAAAGAAUGGCUGAUAGAGAGAUAUCACAAAUCUAUUGCUCUACCAACCAAGAAAAGAACAGCUGAAGUCCCUCUGUCUUCUUUUCGCAACCACGACGAGCCUUCCAAGAAAGAAUUUUCUGACGACUUAAACGAAGAAAAAGACAAAUUCUCCCCUGAGGCGCAAAAGAUUGAUGACAUGGACACCAAGUUAAAGAUGUUAGAGGAUAAAAUCGUCGACGAUGCUUUGAAAUACACUGGCGCUCAUGAGGGGGAAACUGAUCCUAAAGAAAUACAAGACGUAAAAGAUAGAGUCAUUUCUAGAUUAGCCGAAGCUUAUAGUUUGGAAAAAAUGAGGAACGCUCUGAACGAGUAUAAGUUAUCUGUGGCUAAAGAAAAAGAAAAGUUGAAACAUAGAAAACCAGAAGAGGAGGAAUAUAUAUUCUCAGAGGAAAAAAGAGUGGCAGUACCAAGGAAGCAAGUCGUUGACACUGAUAGAGAAACUAUCCCUGAGGCUGAUAACAACAUAAAAUGUACCGAUAGAAAUGAGAAAUGCCACGAACAGAACUACAGGACCCCUAGCGAAAUUCUGGAAAACCACUUUGGAAAUAAAGAAUGUCCAGCCAUCCAAGCUGCAUGCAACGAAAUUGCUUCCGCCAUUGGCCAAUAUGGAGAAGUAUUUAAAGGCGCAUGUAAUAUGCAUGAAAUGUGUCUUCUCUGUAGUGAUAACAGCUGGUUCUCUCCUACUCGCCAAUGCAACGCAUUAUUCCUAUCAAAGGCAUAUGACUUGUGCAAAGGUAACCUGGAGUGUCAGAGAGCAGCCCAAGGUUCCAUUCCAUAUUUAUUAGAUGUUAAUCGUUCUCUACAUUCCCAAGGAGCUUCUACGGAUGACUGCGAACUAUCCUGUCCAGAAACCGACGCCAUGGCUAAUCCUAGCGACACACGAUAAACUUAGUCUCUUUUUCCAGUUUGAUGUUAUUCGUUUUUAAUUUCAUGUGGUUUCUAGCAAACAAAAUAUAUUUCAGCGUUUAGAUAAAAUACAACAUAAAUAGGUACAGUUCUUUAUAGAUAUUAUUUCCUAUUAGGUAAAUCGGAAAAAUAUGCUGACAUAUUUUAUAUAUCAUAUCAUAAUCAAAAAAAUAUAUAAAUAAAAUGCAACGCACUUCUGUUAGGCUUGAAAUCACAUGGAUUAAUGAUAUAGACUUAUCAAUAAACUGAAGCCUACAUAUGCCACUUAAGAAUUAUAUAGUUUAUAUAAUAAUAUAUCUUUCCACUAUUGGACCACAGCGUUCAAUAGCUAUUAUCAUUGUAACCUGUUCUAUGUAUAGUUAAUGUAUCUUCAGAAAACAAAACAAAAAAUGUUGUUUCAUUAUAAGGGUAAAUAAAUCCCUAAAUGUGGUCCGGCUCUACCAAUACAUGCUGUUGUGGCAGUUAACAUUUAUUUUAACCUCACCGCCACUGCAAUUUUACAAUGACGUGAUUUCGAAGCUGAUUUUUGGAAUUGGAAUUCGUAUUAUUUAUCGUUUUCGAAUCUGGUAAUUGUUAAACGUUCUUGUUAUUGUUAAAUUCUGUUAUCUAUAUGUAUAGUUACCCAUACUAUUUUUUAUAAAUGUCUAACAUAACAGCAUGUACCUGUAUCCUAGGUAACGAUAAGAAUAGAAAUGUUAAUAUUUUCUUAUAACAAUUUCACUUGGCCCUUACAAAUCUUGACAAUAAUAUCAAAAAUAUAAUAACUUUUCUUUCAAUGAAAAACAUUCGACAGGGCAUCCAAAUUUUAAGUGAAAUAUUACACUAAACAUAUAUUCACUAAGUAAGGGUAUGGA